AUGUUUAAUUAUAGAACUAAUCGCAAUGAAAUAAUAAAAAAGUCAUCAGAGGCUUAUUACGGAAAAGAAAGAGGAAAAGCCAUGGAAGAAGUAAUGAGUGAAGAUUUUUAUACCGAGCCCGAACAUCAAUUGCUGAGUUAUAUUCCCAGUUAUCAAAAAGAGUUCAGCGAAGAAGAUCAAGUUAGAGUUUUUGUAUUAAUCAACACAAAAUAUAGUAUUCUGAAAGGAUUUAGGGAAUGUAAAAUGAAAAGAGAGUCCCAAGAGGAGUUAAAAAGUUAUCUUUUGAGAUUAGAAUCUUAUAAAGAGGAAGCGAGAGAUAAUUAUCACAAAUAUUGA